AUGCAAUGCAGGACAGCGAUUCACCGCUUGUAUUCGAAAGCCUCCCAUAUAACGACGCCGAUUUUCUAUCCCAAUGCUAAACCGCACAUUGGUCAUCUUUACUCCAGUUUGUUAUGCGAUGUUCACCACCGAUGGCAACUGUUAAAGGAAAACCAAUCUUUCUUCACGACAGGUACCGAUGAACAUGGACUGAAGAUUCAAUUGGCUAGUGAAAGUAAUGGGUUUGAUCAGCCAAAAAAGUUUGUUGAUAAGCUAUAUAUGGAUUUCGUUCAUUUAGACAAAAUAUUUGACAUCAAUUACACUAGAUUCAUAAGAACAACAGAUCCUGACCACAUUGAGAAUGUCAAAGAACUAUGGCAGCUGUGUUUGAAAAACGGGUUCAUUUAUAAAGGCGAACAUAAAGGUUGGUAUUCAAUAUCUGACGAAACUUUUUACCCAGAAUCCAAGGUUGUUAAAGAUCCUAGUCAUGACGGGAAAUAUCUGAAUACUGAAUCUAAUAAUGAAGUAAUCUAUCAGUCGGAAACAAACUACUUUUUCAGGCUAUCCCUGUUUAGGGAGAGAUUGAUUAGCCAUAUAAAACAACAUCCCCAUUUCAUCUUUCCCGUCACUAAAAGAGAACAAAUUCUCCAAGAACUAGAAACUACUGAAAAUUUAUUAGAUUUGUCGAUAUCAAGACCCUCUACAAGGCUCAAGUGGGGCAUAUCGACUCCCAAUGAUCCGUCACAAAAAGUUUACGUAUGGUUUGAUGCCUUGUGUAAUUAUCUUUCCUCUAUUGGUGGUAUAUCAUCUAUUUUAAAUAACACUGCGGAGGUUGUUUCGAAGCAUUAUAAUGCUGGAUCCAAUGUUGAAAUGCAAUUGACAAUACCACACCCAAAAGAAGUUUGGCAGACUACUAUACAUGUAAUAGGUAAAGAUAUUGCGAAAUUCCAUACCAUAUACUGGCCUUCUUUCUUAUUGGCCGCUGGAUUGCCUUUACCUAAGCAAGUCGUUAUCCAUGGACAUUGGUUGUGUAAUGGCGUCAAGAUGUCAAAAAGUUUAGGGAACGUCGUAGAUCCAGUUGAUAUGGCAAGCUACUAUGGCUCCGAUAUUGUGCGUUGGUUCUUGUUAGAAAAUUCAAAGUUGGAAGAGGAUGGCGAUUUCCAGGAACAAAGACUAUCUGAAACAAGAGAAUUGCUAGUCUCUAAAUGGGGUAAUUUGGUUAAUAGGUGUUGCGGCUCGAAGUUUGAUGUCGAAAGAGCUGUGACAAAAUUUAGUAAUAAGGGACAUCUACAAUUGCAAGAAGUCUUUCAAAAUGAACCAGAGAUCUCCCAGCAAAUUAAAAGUCAUAUUAAACUGUUGAACGAAACAAAAGACGUUUUUGAAGAAAAAAUAACCCUAUUCCAGUAUUCCCAACUGUUAAAGCAUGUUUGGGGUAUAAUUAAUGAUGCGAACACCCUAGUCCAAAACGGUAAGCCCUGGGAGAGAGAGGUAGACCAACAAGACGCUAUAAUAUUCUUGUCUAUGGAAACAUCAAGAAUUCUCUCCAUUCUAUGCCAACCCAUAAUGCCAGCUCUUUCACAAAGUCUUCUCGACCGCAUUGAUGUCUUAGAAGAGAGGAGGACUAUAACUUUCAUUGAAUUGGGGUCCGACGAAGCGUAUGGGAAAUACUCUAAUAAGAGGGGUAGAGAAGUACCAUUAAAAAGAAUUCCAUACAGACUUUCGGAGUAG